CUGCAGCGGGAGCUCCGUGUCUCGUCUUCACUGCUGUUUGUCCUCUGCUCCUAGAGGCCCAGACUCUGUGGCUCUGUGACCUGCAGGUAUUGGGAGAUCCACAGCUAAGACGCCAGGACCCUCUAGAAGCCUAGAAAUGGGACCAUUGACAUUUAUGGAUGUGGCCAUAGAAUUCUCUCUGGAGGAGUGGCAGUGCCUGGACACAGCACAGCAGAAUUUAUAUAGGACUGUCAUGUUAGAGAACUACAGAAACCUGGUAUUCCUGGGUAUUGCUGUGUCUAAUUUAGACCUGAUCACCUGUCUGGAGCAAGGAAAAGAGCCCUGGAAUAUGAAGAGACACGAGAUGGUAGCCAAACCCCCAGAAACUGAGUCUCGCUCUGUCACCCAGGCUGUAAUGCAGUCGUGUGAUCUUGGCUCACUGCAACCUCCGCCUCCCAGGUUCAAGUGAUUCUGGUGCUUCAGCCUCCCGAGUAGCUGGGAUUACAGGCGCGUGCCACCAUGCCCAGCUAAUUUUUGUAUUUUUAGUAGACGGGGUUUCACCAUGUUGGUAAGGCUGGUCUUGAACUCCUGACCUUGUGAUCCACCCGCCUCAGCUUCCCAAAGUGCUGGGAUUACAGGCGUGAGCCACUUCACCCAGCCAAGAUCUUCUUUUUUGGGCUGCCAGGGUUUUGGGAUGCCCUCUGGGUUUGUGGAGAGGGGUAGUAGCUUGGUCUCAAGCCAGCAGUUUCUGUACUAGGGUCCACCUUUAGUUGGCUGGUUACAAGGGGCUUGGAUAGUUGUAAUUCCUAUUUUAUUUUAUUCUAUUUUAUUUUAUUUUAUUUUAUUUUAUUUUAUUUUUCUUUUGAGGUAGAGUUUUGCUCUUAUUGCCCAGGCUGGAGUGCAGUGACCUGAUCUCGGCUAACUGAAACCUCUGCCUCCCGGGUUCAAGCGAUUUCUCCUGCCCCAGCCUUCCGAGUAGCUGGGAUUACAGGUGUCCACCACCACACCCGGCUAAUUUUUGUAUUUUUAGUAGAGAUGGGGUUUCACCAUGUUGGUCAAGCUGGUCUCGAAUUCCCAACCUUGUGAUCUGCCUGCCUUGGCCUCGCAAAGUGCUGGGAUUACAGGCCUGAGCCUCCAUGCCCGGCCAAUAUUUAUAACAUUUUAAAACAAUGGCUGCUGUUUGUUUUCUGCCAACAAUCAACAGGGGUUUUAUUUUCAUUGCAUUAUCAACAGAUUUGGUGUUUUUCAUAAAUUUACAGUGGCCAUGGUAAUGGGUGUGAGGUGAUUUCAUUUUUAUGUGUUUCUCUACAAAUUAUUAAUUUUGCUUUUCAAGUACUUUUUCCCUUUUAGGUAUCUUUUUUAAUGAAAAUUCAGUUCAAUUAUUUUUUCAUUAAUAAAUCAAGUUAUUCAGCUUUAUUGUUCAGUUUAAAGAGUUGUUAAUAUAUUCUGAAUAUUAACUCAUCACUCAUCUCUUGUGAUUUGCAAAUAUUUUCACCCAUUUCUAGGAGGCAUUGUCUAUUGAAUUUUUGUUUUGAUGUGCAGAAAUUUUGAAAUAAAAUGCAGUUAAAUCUUAAUGGUUAUUGUUGUUGUAGUUGCUCAUGCAUUUAGUGUCGUAUCUAAAAAAAUAGUGCCAAGACCAAUGACAAGACUUUUUCCUAUAUUUUUUCUAAGAGAUGUUAUUUAUCUUUUCACGUUUAAGUAUUUAGUUAAACCAUUUUUUUUUGUAUUUUG